GUGGCAGCGCAGUAUGGACAUCGCGUGGUGUGUGAAACCAUCUUGGAAAAAAAGGCACUGGUUGACGACGUUUGCAGACUCGCAGCCUCACUGACAGUGAUUUGUCGGGAAAUCGAUCUGGUGGAUUUGGCGAGUGUAUGUCAAAGUCGCGAGAUCAUGUAGUUUUGAAUAUGUUUGAAUGAAGUCCUUCUCAGCCUUCUCGCGACCCAAAAGAACAUGUUUGUAACAAAUCUUGCAGCCUCUCUGUCUCUCCUUUGCGACUUGGCCUUUGGGCCCGCAGAAUUCGCCUUUGGGCCCGAAGAAGACGAAGAACUGGCUGACCUGCCCAUCAUGAUUCCAACCAGAUCUGGGAUUUUGAUAGCGAUGCUCUUCGACGUGAGGUUUGCGAGAGAGGAGAUUGUGGAACGGGUAACAUCGAUCUUCAAGCGCGAGCCAUCAGAGACUCCAGAAGACCAGUCGGAGUCAGAGGCCACACACAUGUCACGCCCUGUCUCUGAAGAUGCCAGCUGUUCAAUCUGCUGGGAAGGCCACGAGGAAUCUCAUUCAUGGAUUUCUCUUCCAUGUGGCCAUGCCUUCCAUGAUGCAUGCCUUCGAAAGUGGUUGGCUCAACAAAGAACCUGUCCCAUGUGUCGAAGUGAACCGAGAUUUGUGAGACACGGCAGCCACUAGAAAUAGGGUAUAGACUCGACGGUAUAGCGCAGUUUUUUCCUUGGAACCCUUCUUGAAUGAUCUUGAAUGUGAAGUGCUAUGCUAUGUGCACUUGGCAUAGCUGCAGGAUGUCAUGUUCGAUGAAGGAAGGGGUUCAUCCCUAUGCCCUUGAAUCACAGCUGGCCUUUGGCUGCUGUUUUCUGAUAAGAGACCUUUUCUCACCGGGGUGAGUAUGGCCCAAGAAGACUGUC